AUGACGCGUGACAUUGCUUGGGACGCCGCUCUCGCGCUCGUACGCUGGCAACACACCCGCCGCGACUACGGCAGCGACACUGCAUUGCUCGAAACCGGCCUCUCGCUUCUGCAGCCCGAUGCCGACCUCCAGCUCGGUCUACAGAGUCCGCUAAGCCGUGUCGAGUGCGCUUUCAAUCUACCGAGACAGCGCAUUGUGUCCGAGGCGCUGCAGUUUGCUGUGUUUCUUAUCACGAAAGCCAAGCGAGACGACGACGACAUCCGGCACAUGGAGAAGACGCGUUUGGCGCUGCGACUGCUGCAACUGGCGCUUAACGCACUCGUUGUCAACGGCGAUGCGGAGCUCGCGACGUUGUCACUAAAUUCGUGCAAUCUGCUGCUGUCUGCGCUGGCUGAGACGCUCGAGAAGGGGCUUCAGAAGUACGAGAUACUGCAGACAGUCAAGGCCGUUCUUUUCUACCUCUUUACGCUGCCUGGUGAUCUCUCGAAGGCUACGUCAGCCACGUUUCAGAUGUAUCGCCCUCCUACCAACGUGUUUGCCGAAUUUUUAAGGCGAGCACUAACUGCUUCAUUCAAGUCGAUCACGCAGCUACAAGACGCUGAUCAUGAAGCGACUCCGAGUGCGGAGCAAGAGAAAGUCUACGUGAAUGUGGUGCAUGCGUCGCUGUUCGUCUUCCAGGAGCUUCAAAAGACGCAGACAAACAAGAAGAAGGUUUUCCUGGCCAUUGCCAAGACGUCGUUGAGAGAUUUCGUGAGUUAUCGGCACUCUCUGGUAAGGCUUCAGAAACGAGGAGUGGCCGGCGUUGACGCUGUGAGGGCUCUGCUGGACCACAUCGUGGCCGACGCGCUAUUCGAUAGUGAACACAUUUGUCAGUUUGACGGCGCUAUGGUGCAUGCCACUGUAUGGCAGAAAGGACGUAAGGAUGCUGCACAGAAAGAGCUCGAUGACAAGAAGUCGCAGAAGCGACGAAAAGCAGCGGAAGGCGCAAAGCCAUUGUCGGGAUUGGUGUCCUACCAGAAGAAUCUGUUCGAUGGACUAUUAAGCUUACUGUCUGACGGGCAAGUGCAAUCAGAGGUCAAGAUCUCUCUCAGUGAAUUCUUUGAGAUGCUUGUGCGCGCUUUCACUGUUCGUAUCCGCGCAGCCGCCAGCACUAAGAUCGAAGACACGAAAACAGAUGUGAAGACAAGUCGAAAGCGCGCGGCUAUUGUCAUUGCUACUACGUCGACGACGCACUCGCCCUUCAAGUUCUGGUCGGAAUUGUGUGCAGUGGCGUAUUUGGCUUUUCAGCGGGAGGUGCAAAAGAACGAUGUUUUGCUGGUAUUCGUGAGCCUUUACGAUGCUUUGUUUCGAGCGUUGUGCGAAUACGACGUCUAUCGUGUGACAGAAGACACGGAAGAACGUGAGCAAUUUAAGACGAUGGAGACUGUGCUUUCUUCAUUUUUGGAGGUGCUGAACGUAGAGAAUGGCAUUCGAACUUUUUCCGAUGGUGAUCUUGCUGUGGGCGAGUGCAACACUAUCUCGAGUGCAGUGCAGUGUUCACCCAACCUUGUGAACUGUUGUCUCGUUUUAAUUUUUACGUUAUUUGGAAUGCGGGCUGAACAAAGCUACGCUGCUAACAAGUUUGAGGACGGUAAGGGUGCGAUUGUUGUGGCAGCUAGCUGUGCCGUACUUGAGCUGCUUCAUGCGUACGAUUCUAUGCGUCGUUUGGAUGCAUUCCUGCAAGCUGCUUUUGCGAUUCAGCAAGGUCAUGAAGGUUUAUACAAGCUCCUUGCGCUUCCUCUGUGCGAGACUGCUCUUCGUAAAGCGUUUGUGGCUCUGCCGCCCGGUCAAACGGCCAUUAUAUGGAAACAACUCGUGGAGCGAAUCGCGUCGUUUGCAACAAGUAGGGACAACGUCCAUAAUGCUCGGCAAGUUGCGGUUGUGCGCUUAGUCUUCCAGACCUUUGUCCAGGAAAUUCACGUGGUACCUCAGAAUCGCUCUAUAGUGUUAGGACUCGUACUCCAUACGUACGAACAACUGCUGUCUUCGUUCGCAAGCGAACUAGCACACACGAAGGGUCCAUUCACGUCCUAUCAGCGCGAUUUGUUUUGCAUAUUCGGAGAGUUGUUGAUAUAUGACUCCGUACUUAGUGCCUCUAUGCGCGAGCAAACGUUUGGCCAAAUAUUUGACAAGCUGGAGGGCAACCGAUUCGGCAAUGCUAUGGAACAUCUCUUGGGCACUUGUCAGUCAAGAAGAGAAGGAUUAAAGAAGAAGGGCAGGAAAGUGGGGGCUGUCGAUAGCGAAACGAUGGCUCUAAGCACUAGUCACGGUCUUGGUGCUAUUGGGAUUGUGAAACUAUGUGUAUAUUGGCUGCGGAAUAUAAGAGCAUUGAGUGGAGUAGCAGAAUACGAUGGCAAGGUCUCUCGCGAGGGACGGGAGAAGGUAACUCGUUUGGUUGUCGAGUAUGUUGUCAACUGGAAAUGUUGGGAUGCAGUGAGUUUUCAUCUGCCUGAACUAAUGGCCAACGCGAGUCGGGAUGAAUGUGUACACUUCUUUCGCGAAAUACUGGGUACUUACAUCACCGAUACCGUAUCAGGGAGGACAAAAGGUGCAGCCGAGCUCAUCAUUCGUGACGCGGGAUUCUAUGAAAUCUCAAGCCUCAGGAGUGUCGCGCCGGACUCACUGACUACGUUUGGAAGGCGCUUUGUAGACGAAGUCCAGCGCGAAUCUGUCGUAUCUUUGGACUCAACGCGCCACUUUUUCAGCUUUUUGUUGGAAAUUCCGUCGACUUAUUUGGAGCCUCACUAUUGUGGAGAGCUGCUCGUGACUGCUCUUACUCUGUACCGCGCGAUCAUUGCAUCUCCGGGCUAUGCUAUUUGCAGAGCAGAGGUCUGUCGGACUUUGCUGGCUUGGAUUGAGCUGCACUUCAAGGCUAUAGGUGUUGAGGUAUAUAGGUUGCGGAAGACUCAGCCAAAGUUGGACGAGCAGCUACGUAGCGGGGCGUCAUUUCUUAUCUCUCAACUUGCGGUAGACGACGCUGUCAGUGUAUCGCUAGUUGCCGAAGUGCUCGGAACUUAUUUAGAGGUGGGUUCCAGCGCUUUUGUCAAAGAGCUGCUUGACAAUGCUUUGGACACUGAGAAUGUUAAGGCGGAAUACGCAGACAAGGUGAUGAAAAAAGUGAAGCGCGCGGUCAUGGUUGUGCAAGCUCUGGCUGCUUGCCGACCUUCGCCGAAUAAUUCAGAGGACGAGCAGAAGUUUGUCAAAAGGGUUCUCGGCGUCGUUACUCACGAGAAAGUGUGCGAUACGACAAGUAGUGCGUUGGCAUUUGAUACGCUCACUGCCCUUCUUCGGUACGAGUCGGCACUGCACAAACUGGCGCGACAAGACAGAAAUAUGCCGACGGCGGCAGUCGAAAGUCUAGCAUCGCAAUUACUCGUGAAGCACGUUGGUUGUGCUUUAGCAGCUUCAAUGAAGCUAAUCGGCGAAUCUGUGGACGAUGCCGAGCUUCAGGACGCAGCUUGGGCUUUUUUCACCGGAUUUUGUGAGGAGUACGCUUCAUUUCGCGCGUUUGUGACGCCUUUGAAGACGUACGGAUGUCUGUUGGCUGUGUCUCUUUCGCUCGUUUCGCGCAACACCAGCCUUCUGCUCAGACACGAGAACGCAAAAGUAUCGGCGUUACAAGCGGUAAUAGCCAAUGCAAAUCGGGACGAAUUUCGUCUGCUACUUUCGACUCUUGUACAAGAGCUUGUUGCACGUGAACACCAACGGAAGCUAAGUGCACUGCGCGCCCUAUGCUUGCUUUUAGGCGGGGAACGAAAGUUUAACGCGUCACGACGGCUGUGUUUGAAUGAGCACAAAGAAUCAAUUGUUGAGGCCUUGCUCCAGGACUUUGCUGCCCAGUCGUUGACUAUCGGAACCUUGUCCUUAGAUGUUAUCGACAGCGCCAAUGCCCUUCGCGUGUGGAAUCUGAAGGCCUUCGUGCUGGUGUUUUCGAGGGCUGGGCUUUAUACUUGGAAAACGUACGAACUGCAACAUGUAUUCACGGGCUUUCAGCCUUUGUUGGCGGCAGUAUCGUGCUGGCAAGCGGGGGCUAGCACAUAUCAGCCCCAAGAGCUGCAUGAGUUGUGGACGCUUUCGUACACGCUACUGUUGCGUAUCGUGCGAACUCAUUUUGUGACGUUGGUGGACAGCAUUCCACAACUUGUUCAGGCGUCGAACGCACUUCUUCAGAUGUUAGUGCUGGCCUCUGCACACACGGAGUAUUCGCAGCAUUGCUCCGAGUGGAGCUCAAACCUGGCGCGUUUGUACGGGUACAUGAAAGAGCACGAUGUUCAGUUGCGCAAGUACGUCACCUAUCUCUUGAUGGCGUUUCUUGUGGGUGUGUCACGGGAUAAGCUGUCCGUGCGCUAUCAGCAAAUGUUACGCCCUGGUGUGUUUGCACUGCUGGAUGUGUGUUCGCCGUAUGAGAAGGAGCAGCUUUUCGGGGCAUUGGACUCGACUGGCAAGUCGCUGCUGAAAACUCUGGACACAAACUAUAAACUUACACAUCGCUACGUGGGCAAGGUCUAG